AUGAUCAGGAACUACCAUUAUACGAAUUAUGGAUCGAUCAAUGAUGACGAAAACGGUGAACAGGAGAAGGAGCAAGGUUCGGAAAGUGCUGCUGAGAACGUAGACAAGCAGCACGACGGUGUUCAAGACGAAGAAGAAGAAACGGACGGAGUGGCGAGCAGCCGAAACAGUCAUCAGAACGAAAAGAAGAAAACUGGAGAAAAAAUGGACGAUGAAGAUAUUAUUACCAGUGCCCGAUCAUCAAGACGAAUCUGUGGAUCAGCCGCCUCCAGUUCUGAUUCUGAAACGGCUGACGACGCUCCGUUGUUACCAGAAGAAGGACCAUCACAUGCUGUACGGUUGGAUAUGCCCGGUGAUAAACCCGCGAGUCCACAUGAUCGAUUCCCUAAAACACCCUUAAAAACGUUAGUGGCAUUUCUCAUGCUAGUGGUCGCCGCUGCUGGAAAUACAAUUACACUAUCAUGGAUUCAUGAACGAUAUCCACUGACUCCUCCUCUCCCGGAUAUCGUAUUCGAACUGACGACGAAAAUUCCAUGGGGACUCAGGUUAUGUGAGAAUCUAAUGAUAGGAUCGUUUGUAUCUCUUCUUAUUCUCAUUCUAUUCCAUAGGCAUCGAUGGAUCGUUCUCCGGCGGCUCUGUUUUAUCGGGUCAAUUCUUUAUGGUAUGAGAUGUAUCACAAUGAUGGUGACACCAGUGCCGAAAGCCGAUGAAGAUUUCCAAUGCUCACCACGUCUUGGUGAAAAUGCAACAUUCUCAUUAAUUGUGAUGCGUGGAAUCUGGAGUAUGUUUGGACUCGGACUCAAUUUGUUCGAUGAUCAAAAAGUGACUCUUUGUGGUGACUACAUCUACAGUGGACAUACUCUUGUUCUUGUGGUGUCAGCACUUUUCAUCGGAGAAUAUUCCCCACGACGAUUCUACAUUCUUCAUUGGCUUUCGUGGCUCGUCUGUGCUGUUGGUGUGGUCUUUCUAGUUCUUUCUCAUGGACAUUACACAAUUGAUGUGAUUCUAUCGUAUUUCGCAUGUACACGAGUGUUCUGGGCGUAUCAUACACAAGCCGCCCAUCCUUCAAUAAGGCUAUCCGUACAAAACCAUCAAGCAAAAGAGUUUUGGUUUCCAAUGCUUCGGUGGUUCGAAGGAGACAUCCGACGUCCGGUACCACGAAGAUUCGACUGUCCCAUUUCAUAUUCACAAGUCUGUAGUGCCUUUCGGCGAGUACGACCGCGUGGAAGCCGAACUGGAAGUGCCAGACCCGCAUUCGAAUGA